AUGAUGUCUGGAAAAGCCUUUUCAGAAUUCUCCAUGGAAGCCCUCCACGACCCAAACGGCGUACAGCUCAUCGGUAAGGCCAAGAUCAAAAUGCAAGGUCCAGACUCGUGCUGGCAGGCCGCCUACGAAAACGUGUUCGGAGGUUGCUCGAAAACCCUUGCCGACCAAGAAUUGCGGACCCGCCUCGCCUGGCAUCUUAGCGACUGCUUCCAACGCCACACGGGCAGGCCCAGUUUUCCUUACUGCGACCCCAAAUCGAUCAUGAAGAAUUGUUUGACCAAUCUUGAUGCAAAUGAACACAAAAUUUUUCUCGAGUACUUUCUCGAGACCACCUCCAUUUGUCACCAGCUGCAGUCGGACGCAUUUAAGCGUCAAACAGAGAGACUGGUAAAUGAACUAAAGAGUACAGCUGAAUAUGCGGAGGUCAAAUUGGAGAAGAUAGAAGAACAAGGGGAGCUACUACUCCAGAACUCGAAACACGUGCAUGAAUCCUUGGCCUCGAUAGAUUUACAAACUCAGCAAGUUGCAAAAACAUCGAGGGUGGUCGAGGAUCGUGUUAGCUCGGUUUUGAAAUAUUCCGAAAAAAUUCACGAGCAGUCUAAGGGGAUCGAGGAUUCUCAAGUCGAGCUGAGGGAAGGCCAGGUGAAAAUGAAGGAAAGUUUGGUAGAAGGCAUGGUGCUUCUCGAGAACUCCUAUAAAAGUUUGGGGGUGGAAAUAGUAAAUAUGAGAAAUGAAGCGGUUGAAAUCGAAAAGGAGAUUGGGAAAGUUGGGGAUGCUAUGUCUUUGAAGAUGAGUGUUUUGCAGAGCAAGGCAGAUGAUAUUGGGGAUAUUGCAGGGACGUCCUUGGACAAACAAAAGCAGCUUUUGGAUGGGCAGUCAGUUGCUCUUGAGGGCCUCAAUUUUCUCACCAAGUUUCAAUCCAAGGCCCUUGAAGAGAGCAGGGAAACUCUGCAGAGGUUAGCUGAAUUUGGUCACAAACAGCAAGAGGAACUUCUGCAAAAGCAAAAACAGCUCCAUCAGUCUCAUGAUCAGUUAGUGGAAAACUCAAAACUAAUAAUAGCAGCACAGGAAGCAUUUGAAUCCAAGCAAGCAAGCAUGUUUCUUGCCAUAGACAAGCUAUUUUCCCUACACAGUGCCAUGCUAUUCGAGUCUCGAGUGAUCAUCACUUUUUUUGUCUACUCUAUAGCAAUUUUUAUCAUCUACAUGCUGACCAGCAUAAAGCAAGCGUACAACGUGAGACACAGACUCUACUUAGAUUAUAUUGACGUGAAUAUGAAUGUUAUGCAAAAUGGUGGCAGGGAUUAUGAAGUGCUUAACCAUCAAAUGCUACUGACACUGAUGGAGAAAGUGAAUAUAAUGCAAAGUGGGAAAGGGCUAUUGUCAUGGGACGACAUGGAUGCUGACAGCGAAGUAAACUGGUCUUCAUGGGUCGAUACUGAGUUACCAGAAGAGGUGAACCUUCGGCUGGCCCGCCUAGACACGGAGGCUGACGAGCAUAAUGAAGAAGAGGAUGAUAACUCGGAACAAGAUGAGCGUGGAGAAGAACGUGGAGAAGAAGAAAAUGAUGUUGACGAAGAAGAAGGAAGUGAUUCACAUACACCCUCACCAGCUCGAGUUGGUAGUAAGACAUCUUCAAGCAAGUCUGGUUCCGAAUGGCUUGUAAAAGAACCUGUGCCAGGUGGCCCUAUUGAUGGGACAAUCAUUCCGAGUUUCUGUGUCCAUGUUGCUUAUCAGGUUUGGACUACGGGAGAAAAAAAGACGUUAAAGAUGCAUACCCGGGCAUUGACAUUGAAUUGGUUGGUUGAGUGGAUGAAGGAUAAUGAUGAUUUGAGGAAUGAGGUUGUCGGCACAGGUUUGUCGCACCUCCCUGCUUGCAUGCAUGAUACCAUUGAUGUUUCCCUGAUCAAUGCAUUUAUUGAGCGCUGGCAGCCCGACACUAACACAUUUCACCUUCCAUUUGGUGAAAUGACCAUAAUGUUGCAUGGUGUUGAGCGUAUUUUGAGGAUUCCUAUAGAUGGUGAGCCGGUAAACAAGGACCUUACUUCUACCGAGGUGCAAGAGUUGGUAAAAAAAUUGUGCAAGGUGGAUAAGAUUGACAUGCAUUCUUUUUACCAGAGUGGUGGGGUUACUAAUGUCUCUGUUGUGAAUACGUUGAUGAGGAAUCCUGGGGUUGAUAUCCAGAGACAGGUAGAGGGUUGGUUGUGGCUGGCUUUGGGUUCUACUUUGUUUGUAGAUAAGAGUGGAAAUAGAAUUAGGCCUGGGCCUUUGCAUGAGAUCCAAAAGGGAAUCGACACACUGUCUAGUUAUUCUUGGGGUUCUGCUGUUCUAGCGCACAUGUACCGACAGAUGGGUAUGGCUAGCAGAAUUGAUGCAGGAGGUAUCAUUGGUUGCCUCACUCUUCUGCAGACUUGGAUCUACGAGUAUUUUCCGACCUUUCGACCCCAUAUGUUUCCACAUGUUAUAGAGGAGGGGCAAGCCCGUACAUGCAGAUGGAAAGUGGACUCAAAAGCAUCCAAAGCUUCAUCUGUCGCAUUAGAUGGUUACCGGCGACAACUUGACAAUUUGGAGGCUAGUGAU